AUGAUCGAAAAAGAGUUUAAAAGAAAGCACAUCAACAACACCGAAAGUAGCAAUAAUAAAUCUACUCCAAAUCCAAGUCCUUCAAAAAAAAAAUCUCCCAAUAGCACAAAAAAGACCAAUACCAGUUAUCUCAACCUUGGGAUAACUGAAGAAGAAAAAACAAGCGUGCAAGCGUUAUUCGACGAAAUGGACCAAAAUAGACUUUGGAUUCUGGAAGCAACAAAACGUGCAGCAGCAAGUCAAGAGGCGGAAACCGAUCAAGUAAUAUCAGUUGAAGAAAAGAUGCUGCAAUUUGCUUUAAAUUGUAAUUUUCGGCAUCCGAGCCAGUGGUUUAUUCUUGACUUAAGUGAUGAACAUUGGGAAGAUGUGUUCACCAAAGAGGAGUUAAAAGAACUUCAGGAAACUGGUGAUGAAGUACUCACACCUGUCGAUGACGCUAUCGAAGGAAAAUUGGAUGAACUUAAUGAAUUGAAUACUGCCGAGGAUGCUUAUAGCUACUCCCGAACCAUUGAGCAUGACCCAAAGAAACAGCCGUGGUUAGCUUGGUUUGCAAUGACGUUGGUGAAAACGGCCUAUCCAUUCAUCCAUGAUGUGGACAUAAGCACAUAUCUGGAAUCAGACAAACAGUAUCUGUCAUGGGGAUUCCUUAACGAUAUUUUUAUUGGAUCGAAUAUCGCCGCACAAGGGAAAGAAAAAACGAGCAAAACUAACGCAACACAAACCAACAACAAGCGAACACUGUCUGCAACUGAAGAAGUAAAACGCAAAGCAAUCGGUCGGCGCAUGGACUGUAUAUAUACUGGUAGCUUAAAGGAGCUUGGGUGUAUGGAAGUAGGAUCAGUGGCUGAUCAAACGGAAGAGUUCAAGGAUGCACGUAUGAAGAUGCCAGUUGUCAUGAAGGACAUGCUGCGUGAAAUUGUGGAAAGAGCACCAAAUCUUGUACGACGUGUGCACAUGAUAGGAUAUAUGAUUAUUGGUAAGCAAUAA